AUGAAUGGAAAGCUGCAUCUGCUGGCUGUGCCGCUGCUCAGCCUGCUCAUGGGCUAUGUAGCUAGCUUAGAAGAGGAUUGUGUCGACUUCCAGGGUAACUCGGUCGCACACGGUCUACUCUACGUACCUGGUCCGGGCGUGUGCAGUUUGUGCGUCUGUUACCACUCUGAGCCGCUUUGGUGCAAAGCAAUUUACUGUGAUCCCCCUUAUUUUUGUAAAAAGUUUCGCGUAGGUGAACGAUGCUGUGAAUUUGAAUGUCUAGAUCCGCCCGGAGAGGACGAAAUGUAUCAGGAACGGCUCCGGAAACGUGCAGAGAUCCUGGCCGGGAACGGAGCCAACCAGCUGGUACGAGCCGGAGGUGGAUUCUGGUCACCGGCCAGCAGGACUACAGCCGCCGGGCUUCUAGUGGUGGCGUUAGUACGUACCGUUACGCAAAGGCUGCUCCUGCUGCCAUCAUAG